AUGAUAAACUCUUUUUCAGACGCAAGCAAGCCACAAAUACGCCCAGAAUACUUCGGCUUGUUGGGUGGAUUUAAGUUUCGGGACCAUCGUUGUGCCAAACAACCUUUGGCCUUCAUUAGUUUGUCAACGAUUUUGGUUUUGGAAUUUUUCCAUUUCCCUGAUCGUCCAAAUUACACUGGAUUGCAAAGCAUUAUUUCUCACUGGGACAUCGUUGGUAGCCAUCGAGUGGGCCGUGAUGUGCGGCGUCAGCCAGUAACACCGUCAGUCGAGUGGUUGUCGCCAAAGCGCCAUGCGUCUCGGGCUGGGCAGAGACUGGAUAACCAAGCCGCUUGGCAUCGUCAACUCAACAACGGCUUGGCACAGCUAAAUCCUCGUCCCCGAAAGCUUCAACCAUGCAGAUCUUCCUCCCUGCGACGUUGGAAGAGCAUGGAUCAUUCCUGGACCUCUCAACACCCAUGGCAACCUGCAGGGCAUCUCUCCGCAGAGAUAUUCUUGGGACGGGAUUCGGGAGAGCAAGCCAUCUUGCCGCAAUCACCGUCGAGUCUCGUUCAGGGGGAUCCUGGAGCAGAAUCAGACCAGGAUCAAAGCCAAGCUGCCGCCGUUCUCCCCAAACGCGCUACCAGCAACGUUGGAACGGCUAAGCUUGAACUUGUAGACUAA